AUGCCUCUGAGGGGGCUGGGGGCACUGGGGUCACAUGGAGGCUUCAGAAAACAGGAAGGACAGAGACAAAGAGGCCAAGGGAAGCCAACCUGGGGACUACCACGGACCAAGAAGAGACUCCUGUGGAUGCCCCUCCUGUCUGCAUUUGGCUGUUUAGCCCUGUACCUAUACGGGUUCCGUAUUCUCAGGUAUUUAGAAGGCGCCAUCCCCAUGGGCAUCUGCCCUAUAGCCACCACGCCUCUGCUGACGGACAAGUUUACUGGUGUCCUGCGACACUGGGCCCGGUCUGAAGUCCCGACCUGUACUUCUUGGGGAGCACCAAUUAUUUGGGAUAGCACCUUUGACCCACAUGUAGCCAAGCAAGAGGUGAGACGGCGGAACCUCACCAUUGGACUGACUGUCUUUGCUGUAGGCAGGUACCUGGAGAAAUACCUGGAACGCUUCCUGAAAUCUGCAGAGCAGCACUUCAUGGUGGGUCAGAGAGUGGUGUUCUAUGUGUUCACUGAUCGCCCCGAAGCAGUGCCCUACAUGACGCUGGGCCAGGGUCGCUUGCUGCGGGUGGAACCUGUGCAGAGAGAGAGCCGCUGGCAGGACGUGUCCAUGGCGCGCAUGCGCGUGCUAUAUGAGGCUCUGGGAGGGAAGCUGGGGCAAGAAGCUGACUAUGUGUUCUGCCUGGACGUAGACCAGCGCUUUACGGGUAACUUCGGGCCCGAGGUGCUGGCCGAUUUGGUGGCGCAGCUGCACUCCUGGCACUACCACUGGCCGCGGUGGCUGCUGCCGUAUGAGCGGGACAAGCGAUCAGCUGCUGCCCUGUCAUGGGGCGAGGGCGACUUCUACUACCACGCGGCCUUAUUCGGGGGCAGUGUGGCGGCACUACGUAAGCUGACCGCCCACUGUGCGCUUGGCCAGCAGCUGGACCGUGAGCGUGGCAUCGAGGCGGUCUGGCACGACGAGAGCCACCUCAAUAAGUUCUUCUGGCUGUACAAGCCCACCAAGCUGCUGUCCCCUGAGUUCUGCUGGGACCCGAAAAUUGGCUGGAGGACAGAUAUCCACCACCCUCGCCUGAUCUGGGAGCCCAAGGAGUAUGCACUGGUGCGAAACUAG